AUGCGUCAACUGGCGUACGGUAUAUUAUACUGUGCCCUCUGGUAUGGUAGCAUAGCGGCAGGCUUCCUAUUUAUUGCAUGUCCUCUUCUGCCCAUACUGAUUCUUAGUCCUCCGACUUUUAGAAAAUGCGGGGAUUUAUUAUUCUCCUGCUGGGAACUUUAUCCAACAGCGCUGCUGGAGAUGAUCGGAGUGAAGGUAAUAAUAUCUGGGGAUCACAUUUUACCAAAUGAAUCGGCAAUACUGGUAAUGAAUCAUCGUACAAGAGUUGACUGGAAUUUUUUGUGGGCAGCUAUGUACCAGGCGUGUAUGCCAAACAUUGCAGCUCAUAAAUUGAAGUUUAUUUUAAAGGACCCGAUACGUCAUAUACCCGGACCAGAUAAAGGCCGCUUGUCACGUACGCUGGACUACUUGAUAGCAUUAAAAAGACGCACGCAACUCUUGAUAUUUCCAGAGGGCACGGAUUUAACAGUCACCAGCAAACAAAGAUCCGACAGAUUUGCUAAAAAAAAUGGGCUACCGCUUUACGACUAUACUUUACAUCCUAAAACAACUGGAUUCAGUUAUCUGGCUAGACACCUUCAACGUGCUGGAUAUCUUGAUGCCGUCUAUGAUCUUACUAUCGGUUAUCCUGACUUUGUACCACAGUCGGAAAUUGAUUUAGUCACCGGUAAAAUCCCAAAAGAAGUUCAUUUCUACGUGACUAGAAUUCCUUCUGCUCAAGUUCCGGACGACGAGGAAGGCCUGAGACACUGGUUGGACGAGCGUUGGCGGCUCAAAGAACAAAUUUUGAAGAAAUUUUAUAAGAAUAAAUGUUUUUCUGAAGAAGAUAAAGUUUGGCCGAUGCCCCAAGGCAUUGUUUUGAGCAUCGCUUUUGGUUUCUGGACUUUGUUGACCGGUGUAUCAAUUAUCAUGAUUGUCACGUCGACUUUCUUCCAGCUGUGGACUCUAGGACACGCGCUGUUAUUUGUCGGCUUGUCUUUAUUCAGCACGGGGUUCAACCAGCUGGAGAUGGGUUGGUACUGGAGGUGGAAAAAUAUUUCAUUGCUGUCCAGAUGA